CAUCCAUGCCACGUUAUGACCAAGACCGGCUAGGCAUAAUAUUUAGAGCUUCACCGCGCCAGGCCGAUGUGAUGAUCGUAGCUGGAACGCUGACGAACAAAAUGGCACCGGCCAUGAGACAGGUGUAUGAUCAAAUGCCGGACCCAAAAUGGGUUAUAAGCAUGGGCAGCUGUGCAAACGGAGGCGGAUAUUACCACUACAGCUAUUCCGUCGUGCGCGGUUGUGAUAGAAUUGUGCCAGUCGACAUCUAUGUUCCUGGCUGCCCACCGACGGCGGAGGCGCUUUUGUAUGGAAUAUUCAAGCUUCAGAAAAAAAUGCGGCGGUCGAAAACAAUGAGGAUGUGGUAUAGAAAGUAAUGUUGGUGUCGAGGAUGGG